AUGAAUUUUCCAAAUUUACUACAAAUAACAUCAUUAUUAAUCAUAUCAUCACAAACGGUUUUAACUGUAAAAUCUUCGGAAAAUGAAGUUGAAUGUGGCGGAGUAUUAACAGAACCUCAUGGUGUGUUACAAACACCGAAUUUCCCACGACCAUUUAAUGUACCAAUAUCAUGUCGUUGGAUUAUCGAUGCAUCAAAUAUUGAUGCACCAAAUCCAUCGAUUGUCGUUUAUUUAACCCAAUUGUACGUGUUUACGGGAUUAACAUUCCAUGAGUAUGCACAUUAUGAGAGUGAAUCGUUAAAAGUUGGUGGACAAUUAAUACAUACGGUAACCGAACAAAAUGUAACACGUGUACUAUGGAUACGAACACCCGCACCAUUUAUGGUUAUUGAAUUUCGUUUAGAUCGUUUAGAAGGGAAUCAUUUACGUGUGUUAGAUAAUUUAUUAGAUGUGUAUGGAUUUAAUAUAACAUAUGAAAUAAGUACGUUUGCGAAUCCAGUACGUGCUAAUUCGUGUAAUGUGUUUAGUUGUUCAUAUACAGGACAUUGUUAUGUGAGUUAUGAUUUUCGAAACUUUGCGUGUGCUUGUUUUGAUGGUUUUUCCGGUCCAAAAUGUGGUACUGGUCCGCGUUGUCCUAUAAAUGAACAAGUGUGUUAUAAUGGCGGUACAUGUAGUCACUUGGGAGCAAAUGAUGCUACCUGCCAGUGUCCACCAGGAUACACUGGGGAUCGAUGUGAUAUCCAGCUGCCUAACUCGACUGAAGUUGGUUGUGAAAUCGAUCAAGAAUCAUCGAGUAUUAAUUGUGUGUCACAGUGCCCAGUAGAUGAAUAUUUAUCAAGUGUUUGUGAUUGUUCUCAUGAUGACAACAAAUACGUCUCAGAUAAAGUGCGGUAUGAAGGUACUAUCCGGCUUGCAAAUCUCCCAGCGAUACGUACGUCAUUUCCUGGUUAUUCAACAUUAGCAACCGCAACAUCACGAUCACUAGAAGCAGUCAUUGAGAAACAAGUAGGUUUUUAA